GAAUUUUCGUACCUCUGUUGCAGCCCACAACUGUCUGUGAGUGCAAAGAAGCAGGACACAGCGGAUGCGACGCGCGUUGUUGUUGUUGCUGUUUGCAGCGGUGUUGUUUGUGGCGGCUGGCAUGGCGGAGGAGGCGAUGGCUGCGAGGCGUGUGCUGAAUGUGCUGGGGACGGAGUUGCAGUCCUGCUGUCGUUCACCCAUGACCGGGUUUUACCGUGACGGCUACUGUCGCACUGGACCCAACGACUUUGGCAGACACACCGUCUGCGCUCAGGUAACGCAGGAGUUUCUGCAGUACUCCAAGGAGAGAGGGAACGAUUUGAUGACGCCUGCACCCCAUUUCGGCUUCCCUGGGCUCCAGCCAGGCGACAGGUGGUGUCUGUGUGUGCUGCGGUGGAAGGAGGCGCUGGACGCCGGAUGUGCACCGCCUGUCGUGCUGGAGGCGUGCCAUGAGAAGACCUUGGAGGUGGUGACGCUCGAACAGCUGCAGACACACCGGCUCAUGGAACCGCAGCGCUGAGGCUGUAUGUGUGUGUUUAUCUGGUGUGUUUGUGCGUAUGCGUGCGUGUGACACUGCUGUUCGUCACGCGGUGUUUCUGAAAACGCUUCCUUCAAAUGCCAUAGUGCCAACACUGUUGUCUUGGCAUGCGUUUUCUGUAUUGCUGCUGGUUAUUCUGUCUUUGUUGGCAGCAUUGAAUAACGGACAAGAA